CAAUCAACGAUUAAUUAAUUAAACAAACAUUUGUUAAUUAUUCAAGAAGAUAAAAUAAGAAAUAAUGUCGGUCACUUCUUUUGUAUUUCAUUGAGUUUUAGACGCAACCUGAUAUAAAAAAAUAACUAAUCUAUUACGUCGUAUUUUAAAUAUAUAAUGGGCGGCAAUUUUUUUUUUUUUAAAUGGGCGCUUUUUAUUUAUUUUUAUGACUCUCGUAUUAUUUUUCAAUUCUUUUAAAAAAAUAAUGUUUGUAUCGAUCCCUUAUAUUUAUAAACAGAAAAAAAUGAAGAAGAAAUAACUAUUCGUCUAUUUUUUAAUAAAUUAAAUGCUAUUACAUGUUUUUAACCUCAUAUUUGUCAAAAAAAAAAGAAAAAAAUUUAAAAAAGGGACGUUAAUUAUAAUUUUUGGAAAUUUAAAUCUAAUGUAGCACAUUUUCUCCAAAAAAAAAAAUGUUUUCAAAUACAUCGUUAUCACAUUCUAAAGACUUUCUGGAGGACAUUGAUUCAUUUUUGAGGAAAACAAUACUGAACAAGCAGGAAAUAUGUUUUGGGUCCAAAUGUUCUCGAGAUUUGUUUACCAAAAGAGGAAUGAAUUCUUUCAUGAAAUAUUAUUCCAGAGAUGAAUAUCCAAAUAUUUCACCGUGCAGUUAUAAUGUUCUAGAAUCAUUUAAACGUAUUCACACAAAGCCAUGCCUUGGUGCCAUAAGUAAAAGAGGAUUUAGUGGUCCCGCUAGAUUUGCAAUAAAUUCAAAAUCGACUGAAAAAUCUCCAGCUCCUUGUGAUUAUAGUCCUCCAAUUCUGUUUUCGUCUGAUAAAAAAGAAUCGAAAGCUCCAUUUUUCUCUUCAUCAAAGAGAAAAUCCCACACGAUCAAUAAAAAUCCCGGACCUGGCUUGUAUAAUCCCUAUGACAAGAAACGUAAUAUUCUUUUCAAUCACAGUUUUGGUGGACGAAAAAAAAUACAUCUUCCAGUUGAGAUAAAAUGUUGUAGUCAAAAAAAUGAUACUUGUAAAAUCUGUGAGGAGAAACCUUACGGAGAUUAUUGGCAUUGGGAAAAUCAAAUUUUCCUUUGUAGACCUUGCAUGUUGGAACAACAAAAAAAUCAUUCCAAAUUUACAAGGAAGGAACUUUUCCAAUUUUCUAAAUUAAGAGAUUGCUCAGGGAUACAUUUACACGAGGGAACAACGGCAAAAGUUUGGUUAAUUCAUCCAAAUCAAAUUGUAAAAUCUGCUCGUAAAGAAGCAUAUCUAUCGUGUUUUUUCGAUUCCUAAUUGUUUAACUAAAAUUAAUUAAUUUAUGUACAAUUUAAUUUUUACCAAAAAAAUGAAAAUUGUAGUUUAAAUAAUUUUGUAACUGGUAGAUAAAAAUAAAAAUAAACUUGUACUUUAAAUUAUAGAAAUGAAAUAAUUAUU